CUUCGCUUCCCCACUUUCCGUAGUCAGGACUGCCCCGAGGACAUCGAGAGAAUCCGGCGAGUCCGUCAACGAGCUCACGGAGGCGCGGCCUUGCAUUGGCCGCAACCUCCCACUGCCCGUGUUGUUUCUGCUGCACAUCGUAGGACCUGUUCUAUCGUACCCCUCCCGACGCGGCGUGUGCCUGAGGGACAACCAGAGAGCCUCAGGACUGUGGUUGACCCCUCUUCUCGUGCACGGCCCCCCUUGUCGGCUUCGUGUUCUUUCCUUGGCGUCGCUGAAGCUUACAAAGCGUGAGCCGCAAUCAGCGUGUUUUCAGCUUCCUAUUGCUACUUCCCAGCCCGGUGCUUGGAGGACAACCGGUUGUGACUUGCGGAGAAAGCCCCCUCCCUCUUUCGCCCGUGGAAAGGCGCCGCCCUGUCUUACACGAGUGUCUUCCACAAUUCCCUGUGCUGAGAAGCGAUGAGCCGGGAGAUAGAGUCUGACUACAGCCCCGUGUCCGACCGCCAGUCGUCGGCCUCCCAGCUCCCUGGUGGCGAGGAGGAUCCCCCUGUGCCCUCGUUCGGCGCCCAAGUGAUCGGCAAGACACUGUCGAAGCAGCUUGAGGACCAAGGGGAAGAGGGCGACGAGCGGGGCGGUGAGGGCGACGACGAAGGCGACGAGGAAGAGGAGGAGGAAGAGGAAGAAGAAGAAGAGGAGGAGGAAGAGGAGGAAGGUGAAGAAUACGAGGAACGUGAGGUGGCUGAGGAGGAUACUUAUGGAGUCGUCCAACAACCAGCAGAGUGUGUCGAGCAGCAAGAAGAGCUGGUCGUGAUGGGCGUUGAGGCCGAGGCCGAGGCUGAGGGUGCUGAGGGUGCUGAGGGUGCUGAGGGUGCUGAGGGUGAGGGUGGCGAGCCCGAGGACCAGGAUGUCCGCGAGCCCGUCUCGAAGCAGCUGUCGCAGACGCCAUCCCAGCUCGGGGGCGGCCCCGUACCGGCCGCCAUGGAGGAGCAGCCCCAGGGCACUUUCCAGCAGCCACCCAGCGGCCAGAUAAGCAAGAAGUCGACCCAGCGCGAGGACGCCUCACCCCUCGGCCGCCAGCGCAGCCAGCGGAGCGAAGAGAGGGAGAGUGUCGAUCGCGAGCUUGAUGACUUGGCCGGCAUUGGGGAGGAGGGCGAGGAAGAAGAAUAUGAAGACGAGGAAGAGGAAGAGGAGGAGGCGCCGCCACCGCAGUUCGGCCAACCUGCUCAAGACAGGGGCGAAGAAGGUGAGGUGAAAAGCAAGCAAUCCAUUCACACAGACUCCCAACGACUGUCACUGUCUGUUGGCUGCUGUGCUGGCCUUGUUCUCUCUCCAGAGGAGGAAGAGGAAGGUGCCUCCCACACACAUUGAAGAGCCGCACCAGGCAGAGGCGCACUCGGCAUGUCUCGCCUCUGUUGUGUCUGUGUUGUGCUCAGAGGAGGAAGAGGAGGAGGGCGAGGAAGAAGAGGAAGAGGGUACGGCACUUGAUCACAUCCCACCACACUCGCGAUGCAUUGCUGGCUAUUCCAUGCCUCGCAACAGAGGAGGAAGAGGAGGAGGAAGCCGAGGAGCCCGAAGACCGUGAGCUGGAGGACCUCUUUGAGUUUGCUGACAGAGAGGUGGGUUGAUCUGAUCGCACAGGAUGGGUCUCACCUGGCCGGUCACCCACUCACUCACUGGCUGGAUGACCGUGUGGGCGUAGGAUGAGGAGUUGGAGGAGGACCGUCGUGUGGUGAUGGAGCGCAUCGAGGAGCUGAGGAAUCAGAUCAUCCUGAGCGACAUCCAGCCGUACGUUGAGGAGUUCGACGAGGCCGUUGACAAGGAUACACUGCUCAUCGGCAAGCUGCCGAUCGAAGCCAUCCAGGUACAUAUGGCGUCCGCCCACUCUAUCUAGGCACACCUGGGAGGUUUGCUGUAACGUAUUGUGUAUCAAUCACAGGAGGAGGAGCGACGUUUGGAGGAGCAGCAGCUCAAGGCCUACCAAGAGCUCGCCAAAGCACACCAGGCACGGCUCGCACGAACCGCACACAAACACACAGGAAUGCACACGGCCAUACAUGCUCAUGCGUUGCGUUGCAGGAGCGAGCUGCGGAGGUGUUGCGUGCUGAGCAUGCUGCUCGCCAGCGGCUCAACAAAGAGGCACUCGACCUGGAACUCAAGUCAGUCGGCCACACAUGCACAGAGAGAGAGAGACAUGACCGAUGGGCUCACAUGUAGAUGUCUGAUCGCGUGCUUUGCUCCUUCCAUGCUGCAGAGUCCGAAAGCGAGAGCUGCGAGCCAUCGAGCGCGACAGGACCCGCAGGGUCAGUGCACGACACACGCAUUCAACCAGAGCGAAGACGCAAGAUUGAGCUAUCCGUCUCUCGCUCUUCUGCCUGCCAGGCUCGUUUGAACAAGGCGUUCCGUCGGGCAGAGUAUCGUUUGGACACGGUGCUGCGGAAUCGUCAGGCGGAGAUACAGAGCAAGUACGGCAACCUGGAGGUCGACGAGGACUACAAGAGCUUCAAAAAGGGAAAGUAAACAUGACACAAAGCCAGAGAGUGAUGGACGUCGAUAGAUACCCAUGGGAUGGUCAUUCAUCAUCAGAGUCCCGGUCGCCCGUGCAAAGCGUUAUAGAAUUGACUGGAACCGGGCCCCACAGGUGCGCGAAGGAAACAGGCAGGAAGGACUCGCUCUCAUGCCACACUUGUCUUCUCUGUGUCUCGAUUAUGUGUGUGUGUGUGUGUGUGUGUGUCAGCCCAUCGAGCUGCGUCUUGAAGUAUGUCGUGCGGUCAAGGACAAGCUGCCGAGGGGCCAGUAUGUGCUUAUGUGCUCACUCUACGACAGGUACGUGAGUGCACACACGAAUGGGCAGUCACCUGUAUGUCCAUGCCUGUCUGCAUUGGCGGGGACACACAGGAUUGGCGGCAGUCGUCUGGCGUGGAGCAAUGUGGAGGGCGGCACUGAGUUCCUCACCAGUGUGUCAUCACCGGUGAAUCAUGGAGGAAAGUACUUCGAACCGGUGAGCAGACGAACAGGGCCGAUACAAGAGCAGCAGGCACUCUCUGGUUGUGCCUGUGUCCGCAGGAUUUGCGCUUCGAGCAGAGCAUCUUCGUUGCGGCACCGGGCAAAGUGGACCUCAAACCCUCGAUGGUGUUUAUUUUCGAGAUGUACAUACUGCGCGGCAAGGCUUCUCCGACCGACAAAGUGGUGGCCUGGGCUCCAUUCCCACUCAUGAACUCUGACUUUCAAAUCAUCGAAGGCAAAUUCAAAGUAACCACAAACAAACAAUCAGGACACGGAGGGAAAUGUCAGUAAUGUCUCUGUCUCUGUCAUUCCUUCAUUCACUCAUUCAUCAGGUGCCGAUGCUGCGCGGUGAGGUGGAUCCCUACAUCGACAAGUUCGGCACGUACGAGGACAUGUACUCGGCCAACAUCGACGAGUGGCUCUGCAACCUCUACUUCCAGACGCUCCUCCUGCCCAAAUACCAAGCCGGAGAAGUUGAAUUUGAAGUCGAACUCGACUACACAGGCAAGGCAACCACAUUGAAUGACGCACUCACACAAUAAAAUGACACAUCCUUCCUCCCCUUCUCAGGUCGUCUAUUGAAAUUGGGCAAGCCCCAGCGACGUCGCCGCAAGCGCAAGAGCCGUCGUGAGUCGGAACAGCCGCUGCUGACUACCGACACCGAGGAGGAGGGCUUCCCUCGGCAGCUGCCCGAUACUGAACAGCCACUCGCUAUCGCAGACGCAUCGCCCGGAGGAGCCAAUGGCGGCUCCCAGCCAGGGUCACCUGUGGGUGACAAUAACAAGGUCAUUCGUGGUGAGCCCAGCCCCACCAAGGCCAGGCGCCGCCGCCGCAAGAGUGACAGGGAGGACAUGGACGUCACGGAGGAGGACAGUCCCUUUGUGCUCGACCCUGAAAAGGAGAAGAAGGCCGCCAGACGCAUUGUCAGUGAUGCUGUCGGCGAGCUCAAGGUAAGAGCGCAGAGUUCAGAGACAGAAGCGGCUCGUGUUUCAUGAUGCGUCUGGUUGUGUCAGACCGUUCGGAUAACGACAGUGGGGGGUGAGGAGGGCGAGCCGUCUGUGUCCUUCGCAGGAGACGACAGACGACCCAGCCAGGGGCCAGGUGAGGAAGACACGCACAGCGCAAGCUAAGGCGGCAGCGCCUCUCAUCUCCUGUGUUCCCUGUCCUCCUAUCAGCUAUUCGUGAUCGUUCGGCCUCUCGCUCUCCCUCAAUGCGCGGCGGCAUGUUGAACAAUAAUACUGGCAACAACAAUGCCAACCUGCUAGGUCUUGCCGACGAGGGGGCAUCGCCCACUGCGAUCCGUAAGGCCAGUGUGUCCACCACCAAGUCGGUCACCAUCGCUGGCCUCGACAAGGCCAAGACCAGCGAUGAGAACCUCUUCGCUGACAACUAUGACAGUGAGUGCCGGCACAAAGAGAAAGUGUAUAAGCAUGCACAGUCUCAAUGCUUGCAGAUCCCGAUCCUGAGGACAUCGAGCGCGUUGAGAAGGAGAGCGAGUUGGCAGUGAUUGCACAGCAGCGAAUCGAAAACGUCAAGGCCAUGAUGCAUGGUCAGUAGCAAAGCAGACUUAAUACGUCAAAUAUGGUGUCUCUGAUCUGACUGCCCCGCCCUGUGCAUUCAGGUCAUUUGCCUGAGCGCAAUUUCCCGCCCCUCCGCACCGCCGACCAGAUGGAUGCCUACCACUAUGUCGUCACCAUGGGCGAGCUCAAAACGGGACAGGUCAGCCAUCUGUCUGUUAGCAGAGUGGGAGGAUGUAUUUGCGUGUCUUGGUUGUGCAGUUGACAUUGAAGAAGUGGCGUUAUUUGAGCGACGAGGUGUUCAGCGAGAUCCACCCGUCCAAGUGGAAGACGGGCAUCUACUGGCUGGCCAUCGUCACACUCAUCGUCGCCGGGCUCCUGCGGAUCUACCUCAAGGGAGCCGGACAGUGGCUCUUCCUCAAGACAUGCAGGUGCAUACAUGAGGGAGGGAGCACAGGGCGCAAGGGACAGGCCUGCAUUCUUGUGUGUGUAUAUGUGUUCUUGUACAGGGUCCCCGUGUACAACUUCGAUGCGAGCCAGCAGCCUCUCAGAGUUCGCGUCGACUACACACAGGUAAGACACCAGAGACAUGUCGUGGAUGAGAAAAGGGCAUCUCGCCUCCCCUGUGUGGCUGUCUGCAUGCAGGACAAUGUUAGCUCCCCCGUCGAGGUCGGCGUGGUGGUGUCGGGCGUGCUGAUCAACGUAGUCUUCUUCCUGUUCCUCAUGCUGGUGGCCUUCUGCUCGAACAAGUUCCUUGGCCGCUUCCCCGCCGCCUGCUACCGUUUCAUCUCCGCCUUCGGGCUCUUGUGCUCGAUCGACCCCAUCCUGACCCUCGUAGUGGACCUCAUCUGGUGGGAAACCAGACACGGCGACGCCUUCAAACUGGGCACGUGGUUCGAGCGGCGGGAGGGGGACGGGCUCAUCGGCCACGUCAUCACUGUGUUCCUCAACCUGGCCCUCAUGGCCAUGAUCCUCUUCAUCUACUACAUCUACCUCGUCUCACUGCACAUGAACGGCAGGUUGCUAGACGUCUACAACCGCAUCACGGGAGAACUCGCCGCAUUCUUCAUCCCAUUCGAUGCUGAAAUAUCCGGUGAGAGAGGGAACGGGGGACACUCCAGACACUCAGAAGGCUGUCGACAUGUCUCGCUCGUUUUGUGUUUUGUGGUGCCUUCAGAGCGUCAGCUUCGGUGGAUAUGUUUGAAGUCCCGUCAGUGGCAGGGCAUCACCGGAGAGGCCAGGAAGAUCAACGUCACCGACUACGCCAUCAAAGACCCUGAAGACCCGGUAACUAAGACGAUUCACAGCCUGAUGCAGACGAUUGAUCGAUCGAUCGAUGUCUCUCCCCUGUCUGUGUGUGGUCACGUAUAGACAUUCGAGGAGGUGACGACGCACAUCGCAAUCUUUACCGUCAGCAAAGACAAGACAAGGACUCUAUACCGACACUUCCUCAAGCUGCCUGAGGGGGCCAUCCUCGAGAUGCCGCCAGACAGGGCCCAUGACGCCGGCCUUGCACCCGACAGCGCAUUCCUGCAGAAGAUGCUUGGCACUACGGGAGACGACGGCAGCCCCACAAGACUCUCUGAUCGGUCCGUCAAAACCGGCUCACCAACGACGCGGUCUCGUCGACAGUCACGCCGAGAGUCGAGGGCAUCCCGCAUCGCUUCCCGCAAGGAGUCCCUCGCUGCCAGUCGCCGGCCAUCAGAAGCUCCAUCGAGAAUUGGAGACGAGCGCAAGGCAUCCUUCGCAGCGUCACAAGUCGAUAGUGAAGCCAGGCGGUCGUCACUGAAGGAGAGCGGCAUCCACCCGGACAGGCCCGCGGAGAGAGUGGUAGAGAUAAGGCAGAGGUACGGCGGCUUGGACGAGUUUGUUGACACUUGACGAGUUUGUUCAACCAACUUUGUUGUUAUCAUGAUCAGAUCGAUUGACGACACCUUCGACAUCUGAUGGAGGGAGAGCAUGCUCUGUGCAUGCAUGCAGUAUGCAGCAUCGAUUAAUUGCUGUUUUUUGAAUCGCGCCAAGACAAGAAGGGGUGGCUGCGUGCAUGUGAUGUAUCCGUGGGUAUGUGAGCGAGUGAGUGCAAAGAUGUACAAAGGUCUGGCUGCCUUGUGUGUGCGUUCGUGCUUGCGUGUUCCAAUGGAGGGUGUGAGUAUCGGGGAAGAACGCCACCCGUCGGCUCAUGGAUGCGUGUGCUUUGCGUGUCUUGUCUUCCCUUUGCCUUGCUCCUCUCUGACUAGCCUUCCUUUCUCCCUGUCUGCUUUGCGUGAUUCCCUUGCAGCCAUGUUUCAUUGCUGAUACAUGACUGCGUCUGGGAGUGCAUGCAUCCAUGCCUUUGACCUCGACAGCUUUGGAACAUCGUGCGCACGAAAGGACAGAAGGUUCGAUCGGG